AUGUCCGGAGACGAUGUCCCUCGCUUUGAACUCGUACCUGAGUUCGGGGUCAUCCUGCUAAAGCAUGUCCUGUCAACAUCAGAGCAGCUUGCACUGUACAAGCAGGUGAAAGAUGAGGUAAAGACAGGGCAAAGAGGCGUCCCAGGUAACUUCCAUCUCUCAAGUGGUGCCGCAGGAAGUUCACAUCGACGGGACGCACUCCACGAGCUGGGCAAUCUUUUGUUCCACCGGGCGGCAACGGCAGCGGCUUCAAUCAAGGAAGAUGUAUCGGGGGAGGACGCUACAACAAUGGAGCCCUCAUUGAACAGACUCCAGCAAGUGCUCUCAGGGGAGAGGCCAGCGGAUGUUCAGUACGUGGCGGGGGUAGCCUACACAUCCACUGCCAAGCUGGCUAACCACUGCGACAUGAACAAGCCCCUCUACACGAUGUCCCUCGCCCUCGGUGAGGCCUGUGAUUUUACUUUUGGCGAAAAGACCGCCAGGCCAUACCCAAACGAGAGGAGCGGAAAGCCCGUUAGUCUGCGGAUGGAGAGUGGUGACGCCAUGUUCUUCGACGGAGGGAGCAUUCCGCAUGCAGUGGACGGUCUUGUGGCUGGAUCGGCCCCCGACUGGUGGGCAAAGGCCGGACCUAAGUGCUCACGAGUAAGCUUUCUCUUCCGCGAGGCUUAG